AACAAUAUACAAGUGCUAUUCAAAAAAUGCUUCUAAAGUAAUAAUAAACACACAAACAUAUUAUUUAUAUAAAUCAAAAUGUAGAAAAAAUGACUAAAAAAGCUCUUUUAAAAGAAUAUGAAAAAAACUUACAGGUUGUAAUAAAAAGUGCCAAAGAAAGUGGACUAAAAGAUGAUCAGAUUGAGCAAUGCAUAAGGCAGUCUUUUAAGCCUUUAAAAAAGACUUCACAUGACCAAAAAAACCAUAAAAUCGUAAAAUGUAGUCUUCUAUUGUUAUUACCCUUAAGUCUAUUUAUCUACAUUUUAUUAAACGUUCACACUCCAACCUCCAGCCUAGUCUUAAGAAACGUACAAGGUCUUACUUAUCCUGCUCUGAAGAUUGUCAGAAUCAUCUCGGUACCUAUUAUUAAGUUAUUUCCUUCAUUUACAAGUUUGUAUGAUGAGAGUUGCUUAGUUGAAAACCCAUAUUUUUAUUUAACUGAUAUGGAUUGUUGGCCUUGUGAAAAUAUCCAUUCACUCCUAAACUUAACUGGAGUUGAUGAUGUUAACCCACUAGAGAAAUUACGUGAAGGCACACCCUGUAUUAUUGAGAUGAAUAAACCUACAGUUUCCCUCAAACACUUUCAAGAACUGUAUUGGAAUUAUUCUAGUGAACUAGAUCUUGAUGCAAACAGGUUAAAGGUCACUGGUUUAAAUUCGGGUACUCUGAAAGCAGUAGCGAAUCUGACUGAAGAAAAUUUGUCUUCCAAUUUCCAUAUUCAUUGGAGAAUUAACAAAAUGAUACCAGCAAGAAUAGUGAGAAAAUUGUUUCCGAAGCCUCAUUUUUUACCAGAGAGAAGUGGCCAAGCAGUAGAAAGAUUCCUAUUCAUUGAUGGACCUAAAUCAAACACUUACACACUGCCAAAUACCGAAUGUAGCUAUGUGUUCAUGAUACAGGGUUCUGGAGAGAGAAUUAUAGCUCUGAAACCAUCAAAUGAAUGUAAGGAUAAGUGCAAAACUAUCUAUGUUGUUAUGAAACCUGCAGCCCUCUUAUUGUUCAAUUGGUGGUAUUGGAGGCCAGUUAGUCUUCCAGUAAAGAACUCAACAAGUCUUUCUUUUACUUAUAUGAAUUCUUUUUGUUAAUUUUCUUAGAUUUAGUAAAAGUCUGCCAAAAUUUUAUAUCAAUACUUAUUAACUUAUAACCAACAUUUUUAAGGAAAUUUUUAAAUAUACAUAUUUGUAUACAUUUAAAAAUAAAAUAACAGGUUUUAGUACAAACAA